CACGAGACCCCAUAGAUGGAACUGCAAAGUGCAACCAAGCGCAUCCGCAAGCCCGCGACGAGCUCGCCGAGCCUGCCCGGCGCCGCCCUCCACAACAUCCUCCGCAUGCUGGAGCAGUCAUGGGAUGUCCUCGCUCUGCUCCACGCGCUGCGGCCGUCAACGCUGCCACCCGAGCUCCUCGCGCUCCGCGACCUCGGCGCCGCGGUCGCCCUCGCCGACCACUGGCCGCUCGUGCAUGUGACGAAGAUCCCGGUCCAGCAUGCUCGCUUGGCCAUCGCCGCGCUGCCAGCGUUCAAGGGCAUCUACGUCGAUCCGGGUUUUGCGGCGCUCGCCUGGCUGGACGCGACGCUGCCGCCCCACAUGCCUGUGUCACUCUACGUCGACCCCAAGGUUCCCGGCGCCGUUUGUGCUUUUGCGCACGCCUGGGGCAGCCACGUCGUCGACGUCAUUGUCAAGGGCCGCCACGUCCAGCUCGACCCGAUCCCCGACGUCCUCGCACGCUGCGUCAACGUCGAAUCGGUGACCAUCAAGAACCGGGCCGAGCCAGAAAGGACGGCUACGUACUUGGCCGCGAUUCCGACCACACGGUUGCGUACGCUCGAGGUGCUAGUCUUCGGCGAGGAGCUGGAAGAGGUGUCGGCCAUCGUCGCCUGGCUGCAGGGGCCAACGGCGACGUCCUUGACGCUCGCAUGCGACGCAGUGCGUGACCCGACGGCGCUGGCGCGCGCGAUCCAAGCGUCAAUUACGCUGACGUCCUUGCGCUUUGUGGACGCGACCGAUGUUCAACGCGCGUUGGUCGCCUUGCCGCACGACUUGCAUCACAUGACGUCGCUCGCCGUGCACGACAGGUAUGGCGACGGCAGGCCUGCCCUACGCCUGCUCCAAAAACUGGAUUCAACCAAUGUCCUCUCGUUCUCCCUCGAGCUUGCCAAACAAGGCGAUCGUGACAGCGAUGACAGUGACUGUGACAGCGACGACGAGCUGACCAUCGCGAAUGUCCUCAACACGCUCGCAGUCUACCCGGCUCUCGCGUCCGUUCGCCUGGUCAACGCACGCAUUUCGGCUGUCACGACGGUGGGCGUCUGGCCACAGCUGACGUCUGCCAUCCUGCGUCGGACGGUGUUCAAGACGGCCAGUGACAUCGUCCUGGUGAUCCUGCAGCUCUCGACGUCGCGCUGCCUGCGGGUUGUCGACUUGAGCCAUACCGAGCUCGAGGAGGCUGGAUUUGUCGAGCUGGCGCGGGCGCUGCCGGCGUGGAUGGCGCGCGGGCUACAGACACUGGUGCUCUCGGGCACGGGUUUCUGUGAUGACGACGUUGUGCUGUUUGCUGUCGCGCUGGCCUCGGGCAAGAACCGACGGCCGCUGACGAUCAAUUUGACUUUGAACAGACUUGGCCUCGCUUCCUUGACGCUGCUUCUGAGUGCACUGAGUGCCUGCCGCAACGUCGCAUUGCAUGUCGAGACGGGCCGCUUCACCUACGACAUGCUCAGCCUUGCGCAGUGGCAUGAGCUUUGGCAAGUCCGGCCCGGUGUCUUCAUGUCACCGCCGCAGACGUCGUCGCUUUGGCAUAGCAUUUAGCGCGAGCGAUAUGAUUGAUUCUUGGUUUGAUUCGACUUUGUAUCGUGAUCGGGGGUGCAGGAGAUUAACCUACACCAAAUUUGCUAUUUCCUGGAA